AUGGGCGCGGAUUACUACAAGAUAUUGCAGGUAGACAAGAAUGCUAAAGAUGAUGACUUGAAGAAAGCUUAUAGAAAGCUUGCUAUGAAAUGGCACCCUGAUAAGAACCCAAAUAACAAGAAAGAAGCUGAGGCAAAAUUCAAACAGAUCUCUGAAGCUUACGAGGUUCUAAGUGAUCCUCAAAAGAGAGCAAUAUAUGAUCAAUAUGGAGAAGAAGGGCUUAAAGGCCACGUACCACCACCAGAUGCUGGUGGUCCAGAAGGAGAAACCUUCUUUUCAACAGGAGAUGGACCGACGAUGUUCAGAUUCAAUCCGAGAAAUGCCGAUGAUAUUUUUGCCGAAUUCUUUGGCUUCUCUAGCCCAUUUGGAGGAAUGGGAGGUGGUGGUGGCAUGAGAGGUGGUUCAAGGUCUUUUGGUGGAAUGUUUGGAGAUGAUAUUUUUAGUUCCUUUGGCGAGGGACUUCCAACGCACUCAUCUCCUCGCAAAGCGCCUCCAAUAGAGAAAACGUUGCCAUGUAGCCUUGAGGAGCUCUAUAAGGGAACUACUAAAAAGAUGAAGAUUUCAAGGGAGAUUGCUGAUGCUAGUGGGAAAACACUGCCAGUGGAGGAAAUCUUGACUCUUGAUAUCAAGCCUGGAUGGAAAAAGGGAACAAAAAUAACCUUCCCAGAGAAAGGUAAUGAGCAACCAAACGUCAUCCCUGCAGAUCUCGUCUUCUUAAUUGAUGAGAAACCACACCGCACAUUCACAAGGGAAGGUAACGAUUUGGUUGUCACAAAGAAUAUACCUCUUGUAGAAGCUCUAUCAGGCUGCACCAUCCAUCUUACUACCUUAGAUGGGAGGACCCUGACCAUCCCCAUCAACAACGUGAUUCAUCCAGAUUACGAGGAAGUAGUCCCCAAAGAAGGUAUGCCAAUACCCAAGGACCCAUCGAAGAGGGGUAACUUGAGAAUCAAGUUCAACAUCAAAUUCCCAAUAAGGCUAACUGCUGAGCAGAAGUCAGGAAUCAAGAAACUAUUACCCUCUUAG